AGCUGGAUGAGAUCCGACCCGGCUGGUGGGAGCCUGGCUCCUAGAUACAAGCCAGGCUCGGCACAUCCGGAAACCAAACGCCCCCACAGCCUCUCGCCGCCGCCAUGCCUCCUUCCAAGGGCAAGAGGAGGCCGCAGCAGCAGCCGGCGGCGUCGCCGCAGCCGUCCCCGCGCACCCCUUCCUCCCGCUCCGCCAGAGACCCCAGCGUUCGCAGCUGCGGCGGCGGGGACGGUGAGGGAGGCGUCGACCUCCCAUCCAUCGCCGCCGCCGCAGCAGCGCGGUUCCCGGCGCUCGUCCCGCGCGGCGGCGAUGGCUGCUUCGCCGGCGCCGUCGCCGAAGUUGCCCCGAGGAGCGGGAGCGGCGGCGCCGGCUUCGGGAGGCUCUGGCUCUCCGAGGCUGCUAUGGUUGGCGCUGGGAUGCGGCCCGGGUGCCUCGUCUCCGUGUCACUAAUUUCUUCUAGCAGCGACCAAUUAGAUGGAUUUCCACUAGAUGAUUUAUUUGAGGAGUGCAACAAAUUUUUUGAUCUUGAUGUGGACAAUGAUCUCCUGUAUGGUGAAGCUGGGAGGAACUUUGUGGUUGCCGCAGUUUUCCCUUCGCGUGAGGUUCAAAAGAACAGCAUCAAGCUCUCUUGGGAUCUUGCAUGUGUUUUGGGAUACCCUUCAGUAGGUCGAUCGUUGUUUGUUAGCCCAUUGUACACACAUCAGACCCCAAAGCAUAGUGAUGAUGUCGGUACUUUACGGGUAAUGAAAUGUAAGAAUAUUUAUCUUAGCCUAGUUCCACCUGGUGUUAGGCCUUCCAGUGGCAUUGAAAGAGUGUCUGACAGCUGUCCUGAAAGAACUGGAAUGGUUAUGGAGACACCUAAGAAGAUGCCUUCUACUCCACUGCAUAGGAAGGAAUCCCAUUACUUUGCAUCCAACAGUGGCUCCUCAAUGUGCUUGGAUCCAACCACUGUGAGAUCAGCAUUAGCAGAUGAGAAAGUUAAUGAGUUAUUGCAGACUUCGGCUACACGGUGGCUUAAUGGUAGAUACUUACUAAAAGGGAACUUUGUUCCUCUCUCAAUGUGCGGAAAAUUGUCCUUAUUUGUGGUGAUGGGAGCAGAAUUUGAUAGCUCUGCUCGAGAUUUGUGUGAGAAAGGGAAUACACUGCCUAAUGCAGAAGAUUCAUCUAACUUGGGGGAAACCCUAGUUUCAAUCCUUGUUGGUAGAACCACAAAAGUGCAUCUUUCUGAUUCAGUCUGCACUGAGAAACUUGGCUCAGAUAAGCCAUAUUUACCAUCGGAAUUUUACGAUUAUUAUAAUAAAAGAAAUGAAGAUUCCAAUCAUGCUCCAAUGCUUGGUGGGUUAUCUAAAGAGUCAGCAACAAUUAAAGGAAUAAUUUCGUUUUCACUGGCUGAUCAAAUUGGUUUGCCAAGAUACAAAGGUAUUCUUCUUUAUGGUCCACCUGGAACAGGGAAAACCUCUCUUGCUUCUUCCUGUGCCUAUGAUGCAGGCGCCAACCUUUUUACAAUAAAUGGACCGGAGAUCAUUAGUCAUUAUUAUGGAGAAAGUGAGCAAUCUCUGUAUGAUGUUUUCAGUUCAGCUAAGAAAGCUGCACCUGCUGUGAUAUUUGUUGAUGAAUUGGAUGCAAUUGCUCCAUCAAGGGAGGAAGGAAGUGAGGAGUUAUCUAUUAGAAUGGUGGCCACUCUGUUGAAACUGAUGGAUGAGAUAGGCCCUUGUGAUCGUGUUCUCUUAAUCGCUGCAACUAAUCGACCUGAUUGUAUUGAUCCUGCACUACGACGUUAUGGAAGAUUGGAUAAGGAAAUUGAGAUAGGAGUGCCGUCUCCAGGACAGAGGUUGGACAUACUUCAGCACCUUCUAAUUGGAGUUCAACACUCCCUCGAUGAUGAGGAACUUAAGUCUAUUGCUCAAGAGACCCAUGGAUUUGUGGGUGCCGAUCUAGCUGCACUAUGCAAUGAGGCAGCAUUCUGUGCUCUUCGCCGUUAUAUCAGCCUAAAAGAAAAUUCGAGUAACACAUUACCGGCAUCUUUCUCAGCCAUGUCAUUGGAUGAUGCUCCCUGCACAAAUAGUAACGCAAAAAGUAGCGAAUCUUAUGAUGAAACAGAUGAAAAAGCACUCUCUGUGAACAGUGAGGACUUUAAGAAGGCUAAAACGAAAGUUCGACCUAGUGCAAUGCGCGAGGUGAUGCUUGAGCUUCCAAAGGUGCGUUGGGAAGAUGUUGGUGGUCAAGGCAGUGUCAAGCAGCAGCUAAUUGAAGCCAUCAAUUUGCCACAGAAAUGCCCUGAAGCAUUUGCAAAUUUAGGGGUCAAACCCCCCAAAGGAGUGCUAAUGAUGGGACCACCAGGUUGCAGCAAGACCUUGAUGGCUCGCGCUGCAGCUUCUGAAGCAAAAUUGAACUUUCUUGCAGUGAAGGGUCCUGAGCUUUUCAGCAAAUGGGUCGGUGACUCUGAAAAAGCAGUGAGAUCGCUAUUUGCAAAGGCGAGGACUAAUGCACCGGCGAUAAUAUUCUUUGAUGAGAUAGAUGGACUUGCAGUAACUCGUGGGCAUGAAAAUGAUGGAACGUCUGUUGCAGAUAGGGUCCUCAGUCAGUUGCUUGUGGAAAUGGAUGGUUUGGACCAAAGAAUUGGUGUUACCGUUAUUGGAGCUACAAAUCGUCCUGACAAAAUUGAUCCUGCACUUACAAGGCCAGGUCGUUUCGAUCGGCUGCUUGAUGUGCAACCGCCGAACGAAGGUGACCGUGCAGAUAUUUUCCAGAUUCAUACACGUUGCAUACCACGUGGUCCUGACGUGGAUCUGAAGGAACUUGCUAGACUCACAGAAGGCUACACUGGCGCGGACAUAAAGCUUGUCUGCAGGGAAGCUGCCGUUGCGGCACUUGAUGAGAGCUUCCACAUCGAAGAAGUAUCAAUGAGGCAUUUCGAGUUCGCAAUCAGCAAAGUAAAGCCGUCUGAUGUCAAGUUUUACCAGAAACUCGCAGAGGAGUUCCGCAGAUUCGUGGAUGGCCCAACACAGGGAACGUUAUAAUGCUUGACAUAUUGAAACCUGCCCUCUUUUCUUUUUUUAGUUACCCUAGAAGAUUGUUAGGUGUAAAAAUGCAACCACAGGAAUUUUGUUGUAUCCUGAAAGCGAUUCCUCAUCUCGUCUUCCACAUCAUCUCUAUUCUAUAGAAUGAAUAUUGAAUGCAGAACUUUGUGGAAACUUGUAACAUGAGCUGUUUUGCUUAUUUUAGGCCCUGCUACUCUGAAAUUU